AUGUUUGGAUCGAAAAAUAAGUCAAGGAGACCAAAGUUUUUAUUUAGAUUCCAUAUUAAUGAAUUAACAAACAUCCCACAAUCAUUUGGCUAUUGCUAUAUUAAAUGGAGCAUUAAAGAUGGUAAUGGUAGUUCCUCAUCAGGUGGUUUCAGCCCUUCUUCCCCGACUCCAUCAUCUGCCGCAAGAGUGUUAUCUAUAACUCAUUCUCAUCAAUAUAAAGGAGCUACUCCCAAAGUUUUAGUCAAAAAUCAUAGAGCUAGGUGGAAUUAUUCAUUGGAUAAACCAUUGCAAGUUAAGUUGAAUGUAGAUAAGCAACAUAAAUUAGAAGAUAAAAUAUUGUUAUUGGAGGUUUAUUUUGAAUUUUUGGAAAAUACUUUAUUAGAGGAGGAGGAGGCAAAUAAUACAAAUAACGGAAAACACAAUGUUAGAAAUCCCCGUACUUCAGAAUCCUUUAGGAAAUUAGUUAGUCAAGGUACCCUGAAUGACUUUGACAACGAAAUGGAAAAAAGGAAUAACAACAAUAAUCAUUCACAUUUGGGGUCAGCUCCAACAUCAUCGACUUUAGCUUCUAUUGGUUCGAGUUCUGUUGUUAGUGCUAAGAUUGGACACAGUAAUAAAGUUACAGGAAAGAUCUUAUUGGGCUCUAUUUCAAUCAAUAUUUCAGAGUAUGUUAAUGAAGAGGAAAAUGCUCAAAGCAAUAGGUUUUUGCUACAAAAAUCCAAAGUUAAUUCCAUUUUAAGUAUUACUUGUCAAAUGGAGUUAAUUAGAGGCUCAUAUGAUGAUUUUGACGCACCGCACACGUUUUCAUCUGGUCAAUUACCUAGUACUUUUAAGGCGGCCAAUCAAGCGGCGAAUGUUGCUAACAAUUAUAAUAAUAAUAUAAAUCCUAUGCAUAAUUCAGCAGCCCACAUGGAAACAGAAUUGGCGAUUGAUGCUGGUAGUUCCAUAAUAGAUUUCCCCAAUCACCAUAAUGAAAACAAUAACAAUAACAAUAACAAUAACAAUAACAAUAUUAGCCAUAGAGAUAGAAGGAGCAUGGACUUACAAACCCACAGAAGAACCGUUUCAAAUGUAUCAACUUCAAGUAAUAAGUCCCAUGAUGGAAGACUAAGAAGAAACGGCUCUACUCGUUUAAGUAUCAAUUUAUGUAAUAACACUAGCGGUAAUAGUAGCAUUAAGAGCCCUUAUCAGAAUGAAUUAACUCAGCAUAAACGUAAAAAUAACAAUGGCAAACACAGCCUUCAACAUCAAUUCAAUACCAAGUCAAUUGAAAGCAAUAAAAACGAAUUUACCAAUUCUGUUCUGGAAAAACUUUAUGAAAAAACAUAUCAAAUACCUUGGGAUCCAAGACCGGGCGAAUACACUCCGAAGGAAUGCAUUGAAAAUAUAUUUGAAGGCGGAGAUGGUUGGGCCAAGAAUGACAAUGGUGUGGAUCUAAUUGAUUUACAAGCAUUACGUCUAUCUGAAUUGGAAAGUAUUGAAGAUUAUAAGAUGCAGGCUGCCUAUAAUCUUUCAUAUCCUAAUUUAUUUAUUAAAGGAGUGGGCUCACCUCUUAAUAAUUCUACAAUUCAGAAUGAUUAUUUAAGGUCUCAAAUAACGGAUGAUAAUAAUAUUAAUAAUGAUGCUAGUAGUACCGAUCAAUUGAACAAAUUUUUGGCGUAUAAUCAGUUAAAUAGUGAUACAAAUAGUAUAACUACUAUGAAUAAUAAUUCGGAUCCAGAUGGUGAUAGUACAUUAGAUUAUAUUACUAUGGAUAGUAAAGAAUAUAUGGAGAAAAGGUUAAAUUGGAGAAAUAGACAGUUUGGAAACAUUCCGAGGGCUAAAACUUUUGGUACGACGCAUUUACAAAAAAAUACUUUCCCUAAUAACAAAAACGACUACGAAACCACUUUUUCCGAUGAUACAACUGAUAAUAAUGGUGAUUUUGAUACUGAUUAUGAGGAUGAGGUUUUAAGAGAUAACAGGAGCUGGACAAUAAGCAGGAUUUUACAGUAG